GGCAUGACGGGUCCCGAACCCCGGAAUCCAGCCGGGUAGCCUCUUUUAUAUAAGUAUUUUGCCGGGUCCUGAUCUUCCUGGGAUAGUGGAGGCGAAAUUAACUGCUCUUUGAAGGUGUUUUGGACGAUAUACGGUCACUAUCUCGGCCACGCAGCUUCGCCCACCUUGACUCUCUCAAAACCUAGAAUUAAUCGACAGGCGCCAGUCUCCGAUUGUGUCGGCGUCAGACCACUUUCACAGACGCCCGAAUGGCUUCUCCUGUUCCCCGCGGCCUUCGCCAGGUCCUCCAAAAGUCCCCUUCAGAUAUCGUCAUUCUCUCCGCACUUCGUACACCAGUAACUCGCGCGAAGAAGGGUGGAUUCAAGGAUGCCUAUCCCGAAGAGCUUCUCACCCACGUCCUCAAAGCAACUCUGGAGGCGAACCCAAAUCUUGACCCAGCUCUGAUUGACGAUGUCGCUAUCGGCUCGGUCCUCCAGGAACUAGGCGGUGCCAAAGCAGGGCGCAUGGCUCAGAUCCACGCGGGCUUCCCCCACUCGGUGCCUUUCCACACAAUCAAUAGACAAUGUUCGUCUGGCCUGGCCGCUAUCACAGCCAUUGGUAAUGGAAUUCGGGCAGGUGCACUGAACGUCGGCGUUGGUGGUGGUAUGGAGUCUAUGACCCGGAACUACGGGUCCCGUGCUAUCCCGACCGUUUUAUGGCCUGAAUUGAAAGAAUCGCCAUCCAAGGAUGCUAGAGACUGCAUUAUGCCUAUGGGAAUUACUUCUGAGAACGUCGCCGCCCGGUACGGUAUCUCGAGGGCGGAUCAGGAUGCGUUCGCGGCCGAGUCGCACAAGAAGGCUUCAGCUGCCCAAAAUGCUGGCCUGUUUGACGCCGAAAUCGUGCCAGUCAAGACCCUUUCUUUUGACCCGGAGGAUCCUGAUGCGGCGCCCAAGGAGAUUACCGUGACAAAAGACGACGGUAUCCGUCAUAACAUUUCAGCUGAGAAGAUGGCAACUUUGAAGCCUGCCUUCAAGGCAGAUGGCACUAGCACCGCUGGAAACAGCUCGCAGGUCAGCGAUGGUGCCGCUGCUGCGUUGUUGAUGCGCCGUUCUACCGCUACGGAGCUUGGCUUGACUGCUUCAAUCCAGGCUCGCUGGGUUGCUACCGCUGUGGCUGGAUGUGCUCCCGAUGAGAUGGGUGUGGGACCCGCAGUUGCCAUACCCAAGCUUCUUGAACUUGUCGGCAUGAACGUUUCUGACGUCGGUAUCUGGGAGAUUAACGAGGCUUUCGCAUCGCAGGCUCUUUACUCUGUGCGCAAGCUUGGAAUUGACGAGGCCAAGGUUAAUCCCAAGGGUGGUGCCAUUGCGAUUGGUCACCCCUUGGGUGCUACUGGUGCCAGGCAGCUCGCCACUUUGCUACCUGAGCUCCAACGCACUGGACAGGAUGUUGGUGUAGUCAGUAUGUGCAUCGGAACUGGCAUGGGUAUGGCCGGUAUGUUUGUUCGGGAGUAAAUGUAUUGAUUCCAUCUGGUAUCAAUUGCGGUGUAUCUAUGUUAUGAUAACGGCGUAAAGACAUGUAUAUACAUCAUAGCGUUAAAUUAGAUAUCCCUUUGCUAUGUUACGC